UCGAUGAAAUAUAUUUUUUUACAUUGAACAACAAAACCUGUGUCAACAACCUUAGGUUAAUAUAAUCAAGAUGCCAAACAAUCUUUUAUUUAACCAGACCCACACAAAAGACUUUAUUCCCCACAUAUAAGAUACAUUUUGAACACACCUGAAGCGAAAUGAAAUUACAAUCAAACGUGAUAAGGUAUCAAUGUUGCUGAUAAAAUUUCGCCGCUAGGCGUUCAGUCGGCUCUAGGCAAUAUAACACAAUGCGCGCUCUAAUAGUUCUCGCGUUUGUUAUAACCGAGGUCAAAAUAUACGCAUCAAUAUGUGAUUUGUGUGUGUGUAGAGACUACAGUGACAUUGAAUACUUGGGCCAAAGCGUGGAUUGCAGUUAUACUAAACCGGUGUUAUUUUCAGUCGAAGAUUCUUUACCUAACAUGGUAUAUAGCCUAGAUUUGUCAUCAAACAACUUGAGUGACGUUUCGAACUCGUAUUUAUAUCGAUCGAAGUAUAUGAAAGAAUUGAUUCUGAGUAAUAAUAAGAUAUCGCGAAUUGAAUCAAACGUUUUACAAUUACCGGAACUUAUACAAUUGGAUUUGAGUAAUAAUCAAUUGGAGUUUAUUGAUAAAGAUGUUUUUAAAGAGAUUAGAAAACUGGAGUAUUUAAAUAUAGCUAAUAAUAGAUUUACAACGUUUACUAAGUUAGCGUUUCAUCGUCUUAGUAAUUUAAAUCAGAUUAUCUUAGACAAUAAUAACAUAGGACCAAGUUUGAGAGAAACGAACCUAUUCGACAGAUCAGGGUUUGGUCUUACACAUAAAAUUAAAGAUAUUAGUAUAAGUGGAAUCAAUUUAAACACAGUUCCUGAUAACUUUUUUGUAGAAGCAUAUGAUUUGAAGAAACUGACGAUAUCUAACAACAAUCUAACAGAUAUCUUCGAGAUACCGUUCACACUCGAGUAUUUAGACUUGUCUGAUAAUCCUAUAGAAGAAAUAUCUAAUGAAGACUUCGAUAUGCCAGCGCUAAAGAUUUUGAAACUUAACAAUUUGGCUAUAACAGAAGUUCCUGAUUACGUGUUCACGAAUUUACAUGGAUUGGAAAAACUUGAGCUUGAAAGGAAUAGAAACCUGACUACAUUUAGUAUUCUGUCCUUUGGAAGGGAAGUGUUAGAAGACGCCGAUGAUUUUACUUUAGAAGAAUUAUCUCUAUCUGGGUCUAGGAUACCUAGAUUGGAUGAAAAACUGGCUGAACCGUUUGGGCAGCUAGUGAAGUUAGAUCUACAGGGGAAUCCUUGGAUAUGUGACUGCAAUAUUGUGUGGGUGAAGAAACUACAGAUACCAGAGAAGUAUUACGACCAUUUGAGAUGCCGCUCACCCCGCCCGCUAUACAACGCGCGCGUCUUCGAGCUGCCCGACUCCUACUUCGUGUGCGCGGCGGGCCGCCACGUGACCGCGCUCACCGUCGCCGCCGUCGGCUUCUGUGUGUUGCUGGCCUUCAUAGCUGUAUGGUUCUUCAUUGUGGUCCCCAAAUGGCACAGUCGGGGCACAGAGCUGGGGCAUUUACACCCUGCUGCGGGGUAUACGGUGCUGCCCAGCGUGAUUUCAACGCCACUAUAAGUUUUCUGUAUAUGAAUUUUCAGGAAAUAGCCAAUUAGCGUGAGUUGUGAAGAGGGAAGUAUAUGAUUUUUUAGUAUGUUAUUGACACAAUGAAAAACUAGGUUUAUAGGUAUUCCUGUUUUUCAAAAAUUUGCAAUACCUAGAAUACAUUAUGCUGAAGAAAUCGACAUCGAAAUCAAAGUGAUUUGUUAAGAAAAUUCCGGAAAUGGAAUUUCAUAGAAAAAAUACCGUUACUCCGUUAAAUUUAAAAAGCUAUUCUUCCCUCUUAAGAAAAGUUAAGCAGUCAGUUUUGUGACAAUAAUUAAUCAGUUAAUUUCAAUAAAAACUUGAUUUUGGUGUUCAUUUCAUAAACUAUAAGCGAUAAUUUUAUUACAAUGUUAAAAAAGGCACAGUUGGUUCCCAAAAAGAUUUCAUGCUUAAUUGUCCUCACAAAACUGAGUGAUUAACUUUACUUAACUACUCACGCUAGUGGGGUCGGUACUAUUUUCUGAAAACUCCCUUAUAGCUAUCUGGAUCUUUAUAGUCGUUCCUAAAUGGCAUAGUCGGGGCACGGAAUAUACGGUACGGUGUUACCAAGUGUGCAUUCUACACCACUGUAACUAAGCACCUAGAUUGCAAGAACCCUAUAUAACACUGAAGGUUUGCGCGUAGAACAAAAAUUUUAGACAAGAACGUAUAUUAUGACAUAAAAAUCUUAAUAAUGCCAUUUAACUCUUUUCCAGGCAUAAUAUUUAACGAGCACAUAUGCGCCAAUAAAAUUUCAACUUUAGUACUCCGAUUUAAGAUUCAAAUUAGAUUUCACUUUUGGGAAAUGUGACUUGUCGUCAAAUGAAUCAUCGAAGCUAAUUGGGAAAACCUUAUAGAUUGGUGUGGCCUGGAAAAGGGUUAAGUACUUAGUUAUCAUAUAUAUGUACCUAUAUUGGAGCGAGCGAGACGCACUGGCGAAUGAUAAUAAAAUGAAAUCAUUUGAAUAUCAUUUUUAUGUCAAAAUGCAAGAUAGAAGGGAGCAUUUGUUGCCGUCUCAUCAUUUUGGUUCAAGGGCGUCACCAGCCCCC